AUGAAGCAAAAGCGGAAAAACCUCGUCUCGAGUCUUCUCGCUGUCUCCGCGAAAGGAGACUGGGUUCGCAGGCAAGGAUGCGGCCAGAGUGCAUGCAGCGCGCUGUUUGAGCUCGUGGAGACAAGGGGAGGCUCAAAAACUGCGAGGCGCGUACAGGCAAGCGAGGAUGAGGAGUCGAGUUUUUGUGAAAGCCUCGCAGGACAAAGAGGAAGUAACGCCGUGCGGUCAAACGGCGAGAAGGCACACUCCGCGUCGCGUGCGCAGAAUGAGAAAGAGAGAAGAAAAAGACCGGAAGUGACCAAGAAAGGAGACGAACGGACCCGGCACGAUGCCGAGCUCCCGCCUUCGAACCGGCGAGGAGACAGGAAGAGCAGACGUCGAUCCCCGCAGGUUCCUUCUCCCCCGUCACGCGCUCCACUUCCUCACUUCUCGCCCCCAACCUCAUCGCCGCCGCUUCCUUGCUUUUCCCUCUCUUCUCCGUCUUCAUCUUCACCGACGUGGUGCCCUGCAUCUUCCUCUGCGCCUUCUCGGUCUCCGCAGCUUCCUCUGACUUGUCUUGCUUCGGCGUCAUCUCCGUUUCUCUCUCCUUCUUCUCCGCUCCUGAGGUCCCCUGCGGCCUCAGACAGCUUCGUUGUGACGGUGGUAAGCGUUCUCCAAGAGCCGCUGUUUCGUCUCCCGUUCUUCGCUCUGUCUUGUCAAACUUCUUCACUCGCGCGACAAAGAGACGAGAGCUCGCAAACUACGCAAGAUUGCAACAACGAAAGUGGAACGGGCGACUCAGGGGACACGAGAAACGCGAGACGCCGCGAAGAUGGGCAGAAAGGGUUCAGUGCGCGAGAGAGCGACGCGGCAAGCGAGGAAGUGCGCCGCGACGCAGACGCGCAAACGAACGCGGAAAAGUCCGCAGCGGCCUGCCUUGACGCAGAUGGGGAUCUGAUUCUUCAGCGUCCCGCCGCAAGCGGGGGGAGAAGCACGAGCGAGAAGGGCGGCGGCCUCACAAAGAAAAGCGUCUCAGCGGCUUUGGCUUUGUGUAAGCAAGCGACUUCAGAGUCACCCGGCUCAGUCGAGCGCCAGCCACCUCCGCCUCGUGUCCUUACUCGCCUCUCUUCAUCUUCUGCUUCGUCUUCUUCCUCCCCUUUUGCGCCGUUGUCCUCAGACUUCACUCCUCGAGCGGUGCCUCUCUCUGCGGACGCCAGUAGCUCGGUGCUCUCUUCUUGCGCAGGCCCUUCUCCGCCGCGAUUGUCCUCUGCGUGCGCGCGCGCCUCUUUCGUGUCUCCUCGUCGGCUGCUGGGGUCUCCCUUCAUCGUGUGCCGGCGCGCGUCAGCGACAAGCGUCGCGCUCGUUAGCCAGCAGCUGUGGACGGGCGGGCUGCUGCUCGCCAACUUCCUGUUUGACUUUUUCCUCACCCAGUCUCCGCGCGCUCUCGCGGCUUCCAACUCUCCCGCUGUCGCGCAGCGCGACUGCCGCUGGGCGGGUCGCGUUAGAGAAUUCGAGGGAGAAGGGGAAGGCCAAGCGGCAGCGGAGGCCGCAGACAGAGGCGCGGAAGUCGCCAAAAACAGGACAGAAGCAGCCUCAGCGUCACCUCUCACCAUCCUCGAGCUCGGCUCCGGGGUGGGGCUUCUGGGCGCUGCACUGCCUUCCAUUCUCGGCGCAGUUGAUCGUCUCCGAGGCGCCGAAAAUGAAGCAGCCAGCGCCCCUAGUUCUCCUCUGCAAUGCAGCGAAACGAGAGCGUCGCCUACCGCAAAGUCGCCCUCUUUCCGCUCUCUCCGUGCCAUUCCGCAGGCCGCAUCGGCACAUCUGCCUCAGCCUGCGGCCGCCUUGUACCCUCCCUCUCCGUCAGCGUUUUCUUGUCAAAUCUGUUCCCCCGCGUCUCUGCGUCCCUCGCCGGCGGAGUCUGGCUCUCCUCCGGCUCCUUCGUGCGGCAGCUGUGCGUCGAGGGCUGAGGGGAAGCGCGAGACUUCUCAGAACUGCAUGCAGUUCGGCGGGCAGCAGCCGGAAGGCGUCCCUCGCGGGAGCGAAGCAAGCAGGAGGAAAGUCAAACUGUUUUUGACAGACGCGGAGGCCGGCGCGCUGUCGCUUGCAGCCGCGUCCCUCUGGCUGAACGGCGGGGAGCCGCGCGGCGAGGAGACUGCAGCCGGAGAAGAGCCUCAUCAGAGCGAGCGAGCACGCAAAUUCCAAGGAGAAGAAGCAAAAACGACCGGCAAAGAAGGGCGGAGAAAGCGGGGGGAGAAGUCUGGCGGAGCGACCGCGAAAGGCGAAGAAGACGGGGAUACGACGCGGAAGGAACGAGCCGGCGAUGAAUGCGUCGACCGCAAAGAAAGAGCGACUGCCCAGUUGCCACCUGCGGAAAAGGAGAUCCCAAGCGAGAAGGGGGCUGUCGACCCUUCUCUGGAAAUCGUCCAGCAAGUCUGGAGGCGGGGCGGGAGGCUGUCUCUCCCGUGUUCUGAGUCUCCUUUGCUUUCUUUCGCUUGCGCGGAGCCUGACCGCUCGCCGUCUCCGUGCCUCUCUCAGUCUUGCUGCGGCUGCUGUGCAGCUCCCUCGCCCUCGCGCCUCCCUUCUCGCCUGUCUGUCUCUUUGCCUGGCGCAGCCUUGGCGACUCGCUUUUCGUUCCCCGCGUCCCCCGCUGCUGCGCAGAGCGACGUGGAGGUGGUCCUGCGUCAGCUGUGCUGGGGACGCCCGCCGCCGCUUCGGCAGAGUUCCGGAAGUGGAAGAGCGGCGAUCGCCGCGGGAGCUGCCGUUGGCCGCGAAGGACCCCGACGGCGCUGGGCAGCCCGCAGAGACAAGACGCGAGGUGCGAGCAGAGGCGAGAAGAGCGCCGGGGGGGGUAGUUUGAGCGGCGCCGCGCACGAAGAGCGGCGCCGCAGGAAAGGAGCGCAACCGGACGAGAGAGAAGGAAUGGGCUCUAGAGACGAAGGGCGGCCUCGGAGGUUCCGAUGGAACGCAGAGGAGUGGUUUUCGCUCUUUCCAGGGCAGGCAGAAGGCCUCGAGCAGACCGAUGUUGGGGCGCGCCGCAACGGCAAAGCGGCGGCGAAGAGAAACCGCGAUGGAGGGAACGGCGGCGGAAACGGGGGGCCGUCACACGCUGCACCGACGACGCAGGGAGACAGCAAAAGGCGCAGAGGAGACUCAGAAGGAAAAGAGGCGACGGGGAGAGACCGGGAAACUGAGGCAGACCCCGUGCGCGUGACGGGCGCGUCGCCCGCCUCGCCGUCCUCCUCGCCUUCGAAGGCGGUCAAGACGCCCAAGGCCGCCAUGGCGACGAGAAGGCGAAAUUGCGAAGGCGCCGAGGAACGCCGAGGCGCCGCAGCCGACGGAGACCUCCAGCAGGAACGCCAGUCUGUCCGCAGGGGGAGCACUCGCGACGAGGAGAAAGGUGACCUUUUGAUUCUGGCUGCCGACGUGCUGUACGACUACAAGUCCUGCGACGCGUUCGCCGCGCAGGUUGCGUCGCUUCUCCGCCAUCACACGCAGGCGCGCGCCGCCGGCGCCUCUCGCCCGCGCGCCAGCCUCGUCGCUUCGAGGGUAUGCAGCUUCCCAGAGGAGCCUAUCGCCUCUGUCCCUCGAGCUGCGGACGCUGGAGAAGACCGCGCGGAGGGCGCGCCGGCGUCUCCAGAGGUGCGAGGUAGCGCGGAGGCCGAGGGAGACGCGAAGGUCGCAAGCGAAUUUCGAAGCGUCAGGUGCUUUCUGUGUCACACGCGCCGCGUCGGCAUCUCCUGUGUGACCAGCGCCGUCCCUGUCGACGUGUUUGCCGAGUACUUCCGCGAGCGCUUCGUGAGAGAUGUGAUUCUCGCUGGCGAGGGCGACUCAGACGGAGGAGACGGGCGCACCGCGGCGGGUCCGCACGAGCAGGAUGCGCGCGAGCGGGGCGAGCACGCGGCGGAGACAGGCACUGGAGGGGGGAGAUCUCCGCGUCCUGAGAAGCAAACGCCCAAACUGCGAGAAGCGGCGGAGGGCGUGGUCGCCCGUGGAAAGCCAGUAGGAGCUAGCAGUCAGUCCGCUGACGACAGAAAAGACUCACUCGAGGCAGGAGCGUGGUGUGAGCACGAGACUCGGGGAGACGCAGAGGACGGAGGGGCGUCGGGCGGGCGACGGCACGCGAGAGGGUGCCGGCAGCAGUGUAGGCCGCACCGCGCAGCAUUCGGCUGUCUGCGCAGCAGUCCGAGCCUCUCCACGCCCUCAGACGAUGCAGACACCGGCCUGGGGCCUCCGCCUUGGUUCGACUUAGUUCUGCAUAGGCCCCCUCCGAUUCGGAUCGUGCCUCUUUCUUCUGUUCUUCUCCAUGGAGAAGACACAGAAAGCUGUGGCGCUGGUUCACAUCGCUCGGGCUCAGGCAGCGCCCCAGGCUCGCCGCUCGACGGCCGCCGGCCGUCACAGACAGGCAGCGAAGGCCACUCGGGGUCGGGCGCGGCGGAGGAGGCGGAAGUCUCCACGCACGGAUAUCGUCAGAGUGCCCCAAGACGGCGAGAAAGGGACACAGACGCCGCGCCAGACAGGAAGGCAAGAGGCAGCGUCGCCGGUGGCGGCGCUGCUAAAACGGAAGAAAAGGGUCAGGAAACCAGGCAUGUUUCGCCGAGCACGACGGAUGGAGACAGCGAAGCAGCCGCAGUAGACAGCGUGGUGCACAUGAAGGAGAUCUCGUUAGGCAGCCCUCGAAAGGGGGUCCAGCCCAGGCCAACAGAGUCGGAAGCUGCCCUGGAACGUAGCCGCUGGAGCCACAGAGGCCACACUCGCCAGUGCAAGGUAGGGACUGUAUCGUCCGAACUCGACCCGUUUUUGCUGGGCACGAGCGCCUUCCAACACUCUGCAGCCGCUGCCCUUCAGCCUAUUCUGCCGCACAGGCUGCGCGCGCUGAUGGGUUCGCACGGCCAGAGAACAAGCAGCGACCGUCAGCGCUUGCCGGCAGACGCAGGCACCAGUAGGUGUACAUGGAACUAUUUCGAAAACGAGCCCUGCUGUCGCGGGCUGACCGCCACGCUGCGCGCUGCAGCUAGAGCGAGCCAUGAAAAAACAGGCAGUAAGGCGUCAAGUCGGGACUACGGAGCAGAGAGAGAACUCUGUUCGCAGGGCCUCGCUCGAGCUGGAAGCAACAGCGUAGCGACCGAGGAAUUAAGAGGAGCACUCUCAGACUAUGGACGAACCUAUGAACAGAGUCUUUCAUCUGGGAUCCUUUCGGGAAAUGCCAUGGGCAAAGACGUUUCCCUGAGCGCGAGUGACGGUAGCGUGAUGACCGUCAAGAGCGCAGUGCCCGGCAACCGGCAAAAGUAUAUCCCGACGCACAAAUGUUCUGCUGAGGGCGGCGAGAUACCCGCGAGCUCGGCAGCCGAGGGUUUGCUGUUUGAGGCGCUGAAAAUGGCAGAAGUGUGGGAACUUUGCUGGUGCGCGACCAACAAGAAGGGGGGCAUCCGACGGAGGGCUGGAUAA